CUUAUAAAGACUUCUUAAGAAGAUGACGAGAAUAUUACUUUUUAAUACUUCCUUACUGGUUUUAUGUUUAGAGGUGAUUCAAAGUGCAAAAAUAUUAGCAGUGUUUCCAACACCAUCGAUAAGCCAUCAAGUCGUGUUCAGACCGCUGACUCGUGAGUUAGCGAGACGUGGUCAUGAAAUCACGGUCAUCACUACAGACCCCGUGUACCCGCCAGGGCAAGCACCUGAUAACCUAACAGAAAUAGACGUCCACGAUCUAUCUUAUACACUAUGGAAAGAGGAAUUAGAAAAAAAGAACGUAAACGUAGUAAAAAAACGACAUUCAAGCGACCAAGCUACUUUUAUAAUUGAGACAAUGUUAAAAAUAAUUAUAACUCAAACGGAAAGCAAAGAAAUUCAAGAUAUAAUUAAUAAUAAGAGAGGUUAUUUUGAUUUAUUACUAUUAGAAGCAUUCGUAAAUCCAGUGCUGAUAUACUCCCAUUUAUUCAAAGUACCCGUAAUUUUUAUCAGUUCGUUCGGUGGAACAACAAGCAAUCUUAGAGUCGUUGGUGUUCCAACACAUCCUUUAUUAUAUCCGGGAAUAUUACAAAGAAAACUAUACAAUUUAACUAAUUGGGAUAAAUUGGAGAUACUGUAUAAUAAUUGGUGUGUAGAACGCAGCAUACAGCAAGCGGAACGCCAAGCUCAUUUAACGUUAAAAUCUAAAUUUGGUACCAAUGUUCCUACUCUUCGUGAGUUAUCUAAUAAUGUGCACAUGCUAUUUUUGAACGUAAACCCGAUAUGGGUUGACAACCAACCAGUGCCGACGAACGUUGUUUAUAUUGGAGGUAUACACGUGACACCGCUGAAAAAAUUGCCAAAGGAUUUACAAUCAUUUUUAGAUUCAUCUAAAAAUGGUGUUGUUUACUUUAGUUUGGGAACAAAUGUCAAAACUUCUACUCUGCCUCCAGAGCUGAUACAAAUGUUUGUAAGAGCAUUCUCACAACUACCAUAUGAUAUUUUGUGGAAAUGGGACCAAGACACGCUGCCAGGACAGACCAAAAAUAUUAAGAUAUCUAAAUGGCUUCCACAAUCUGAUUUACUUAGACAUCCAAAAGUAAAAGUAUUCAUAACUCAAGGUGGGCUACAAUCUACGGAUGAAGCCAUUAGCGCUGGUGUACCACUAAUUGGUAUACCGUUAUUGGGAGAUCAGUGGUACAAUGUGCAAAAAUAUGUCCGACAUCAAAUUGGAAUUCAGCUAGAUAUCGCAACUCUCACAGAAGAUGAAUUUAUAAGAGCAAUUAAAGCAGUCACUGGUGACAAGAGAUAUCUAGAGAAUAUUAAGCGGUUGCGCAGCAUCAUGUCCGACCAGCCUCAGUCCCCGCUGGAGCGCGCGGUCUGGUGGGUGGAGCACACGCUGCGACACGGAGGCGCCACGCACAUGAGAGCCGCCGGCGCCAACGUGUCCUGGGCUCAAUAUUUGGAACUAGAAUUAGCUCUCAUUGUACUAUCAAUAUUACUUCUAGCCUUAACUGUAAUAUUUAUUUGUUUAUAUAUGUUAUGGAAACAAAAACAAAACCAUAAAUUAGAUGUCAAAAGAAAAGUUACAUAAUUAUACUGCUAAACUAACUCUAUCAAAUUAAAAAUGUCUGUGUUUUUAGUAACGAUUUUUUGAUUAAAAAAAACAGGUUAUAUGAAUUACAUUUGGCUUACUAUAAAAAUUUAUUCAACUCUGGAAUAAA